AUGAGCGCUGAUUGGGAGAAUAUCUGGCACGGUGGCAAACGACUUAUGGGCGCCAAAAGGAGGCCCCGUCACAGGCGGGUCAUCGGUACCAGGAUCAAAGAGUCGUGGAUAUACCGACAUGGCGCCAAUUUGGAGCAUCACGGGGAUCUGUCAUGUGAAGAAGAGCUAUUCGACAGCUCUAUACGUCUCAUCGGGGACGUCUCAUACCGCGAGGCACCUGCUCCGUCAGCACCAAAUCACGGAGGCAGGGGAGAGCGAUCCCAGCUUAGCGACUCCGUUUACGUUGGCGGCGACGUCUGGCUCCUCGUUGUCCCGUCUUUUGUCGCGGCAGGCCAGCCUUGGCUUGCAGCUUGCUUCACGUUUUGA